GGCAUCAGCUGGGGGCAGAUUUGUGCUACAGAGCACGGGAUUAUGGGAAAAAAGCAGGAAAUGAGAGGAGCAAAUGUAAAUAACCCAUUGUGCUCUCUACAGCUUCUUGUGAUAUUCACAGCCAUCUACUGAAAGCCCAGCUACUGGGGCAAGCUCCUCUGGGACUGUCACUGAGUUAUGAUUGAAACAUUGUGACAACGCGCUCUGUGCCAGGGGUAUGAGGUUAUCAGUGAGGACGAUGAAGUCUAAGAUGUUCUGUGUGUCCUGUGCUGCACUAACACUGCUAAUGCUGGUAUUUGGAGCUUUGGCCAAUCUUCUCCCAGCUGUCAGAGAGCCCCAUGUAUCAGGAACUCGGAGAAGACUUUCCAGUUUAGACGCGUUGCACCAGGACACCUUCACCCUAAUCAUGCAGACCUACAACAGGACUGAUCUGCUCCUCAAGAUGCUGAACCACUACCAGGCAGUACCCAGGCUGGGAGCAAUCAUCGUAGUGUGGAACAAUGUAGAGCAGGACACACCUAAAGAUUUGUGGGAGUCACUGGGACCCCACCCUGUGCCUGUCAUCUUUAAGAAACAGAGUGUCAACCUCAUGAGGAACAGGCUCCAGAACUUCCCAGAGAUUCAAGGACAGGCUGUGCUGAUGAUGGAUGAUGACACGCUUGUUAGCGCUUUCGAUCUAACCUUCGCCUUUUCCAUCUGGCAGGAGUUCCCUGACCGCAUUGUGGGGUUUGUGCCCAGGAAGCACAUCUCCUCUGAGUCUGGAAUAUACAGCUACGGAAGCUUUGAGCUGCAGGCACCGCACUCUGGAAAUGGUGACGUUUACUCUAUGGUUCUUAUUGGAGCUAGUUUUUUUCAUCGAAAAUAUCUGCAGCUGUUUGAGGAGCUGCCAGCGGCGGUACAAUCACUCAUCGACAAGACUCAGAACUGUGAUGACAUUGCCAUGAACUUCAUGGUGGCAAACUGCACUGGCAAAGCCUCUGGCAUCUUAGUGAAGCCCACAGACCUGAGAAACCUGGAGAAAGAGGCAGUGAGUGGUUACACUGGCAUGUGGCAUCGCCCAGAGCAUCUCUUGCAGAGAUCUUACUGUCUAAACAUGUUGGCCAAGAUCUAUGGAAAAAUGCCAUUGAAAUAUUCUAACGUUAUGGUAUCUCAGUUUGGGUUUCCCAAUCAUGCCAACCACAAGGCUGCAUUAUAGAAAAGGACAAACAAAACCUCUUAGAAUAAAGUUUUUAACAUCCAUUGUGUACUAUUAAUAAUGACAUGUUAUAGGGAAUAAAUAAGGUUUUUAUUUUAA